AUGUCCUCCAGCUCCAGCUCCAAUGAGACCCUGGUGAGCCACCAAACCUUUGUCCUGAUUGGCAUCCCUGGGAUGCAGGAGAAGAACUCUUGGGUGGCCUUCCCAUUGUUUGUGCUCUAUGCCCUGACUCUGCUUGGGAACAUCAUGAUCCUCUAUGUGAUCAAGAUUGACCAAAGCCUCCAUGAGCCCAUGUACUUCUUCCUUUGCCUGCUUGCCUGCUCGGAUCUGGCCCUGUGCAUGUCCACCAUGCCAACAAUGCUGGGAGUCUAUUGGUUUGACUCAAGAGAAGUCCCGCUCAACAGCUGCAUCACCCAGAUGUUCUUUAUCCAUAUACUUCAAGAGAUAGAGUCUGGCAUUCUUGUGGCAAUGGCAUUUGAUCGCUUGAUUGCCAUCCGUGAUCCACUGAGAUACAAAUCACUUCUAUCAAAUUCAGUCAUUGCAAAAAUAGGAAUAGCUAUCUUAUCCAGAGGUUUCUGUUUUUGUUUCCCAUUCCCCUUUCUCAUUAAACGGCUCCCUUUCUGUAGAUCUAAUGUCCUUUCCCACUCCUACUGUCUCCACCAAGAUGCCAUGAAGUUAGCCUGCGCAGGCAUAAAAGUCAACAUCAUAUACGGCUUGGUUGUAGUCAUGUGCAGUAUAAUGCUGGAUGUUCUUAUCAUUCUUGUAUCGUACAUCCUGAUCCUGAAGACAGUUUUGAGCAUUGCUUCCCGAAAAGAGUGUCUGAAGGCUCUCAACACCUGUGUGGCCCACAUUUCUGCCAUCUUGAUUUUCUACAUCCCAAUGAUUGGCAUCAGUGUGGCACAUCGAUUUGGGAAGCAUCUUUCCCCCAUUGUCCACAUGCUGAUGGCCAACAUAUUUGUUGCUGUCCCACCACUUCUCAAUCCUGUUGUGUACAGUGUGAAGACCAAGCAGAUUCGGCAAAGGAUAGGCAACAUUUUACAAUUUAAAAAUAAGUAG